AUGUGCAGCUGGAAAAUCACUCUUGUGCCCAAUAGCAGACAUGCAUUCACACGCAAACAAAAAGAAGAACAAGGAAGGUACACUUCCCGUGACCACACCUCCAGAAGCAAACAGGCUCUGAUAAGGCAGCUGCACAGUCUGCUGCUGGUCAUUGUAACCAAAGGCAUCCUGACUAUCGUUUCAAGGCUGGAGUGGAGUGCAGCCACCCCUCGAAACAGGGAGGCUUUGAGCAGCCCUGCCCAGAGAGUUAUCAUACACCACACUGCUCUUGCAAACUACACAAACCAGAAGCAGUGCAUGGACCACCUGCUCAGCAUUCAGAGACUACAUAUGAAAGAUAGGGACUUUGAUGACAUUGGAUAUAAUUUUCUAGUUGGAGCCGAUGGUACUGUGUAUGAGGGCCGUGGCUGGGGCGUGGUGGGAGCACAUACCAAAGGCUACAAUCACGACUCGUUGGGGAUUGCCUUCAUGGGCAAUUUCAACAAUGACGCGCCAAGCAAAGAAGCAAUAUCGUCAGUCAAACAGCUGCUGCACUCCGGAGUUUUCCAGGGAUUUUUACAGUCACAGUUUGACCUGUUUGGACACAAAGAUUUGGGCAACACAGAAUGUCCAGGAAAGAAACUUUACACUGCACUACCACAACUGAGGACUACCAGAUAA